UAUCAGAAUCUAAUUUCACCUGUAAAGAUUCCUCAACGUAUCAGAAAUAAAUUAAAAAGAUUCAUUCUAGAGAUCCCCACAGUUUUGGUUUCUAUAUAAGCCGUUGAGUGGCUCUUCUUCACCAUUCACUCUUCCAAACUCUCACUUUGUCAUUUAAAGCUUCCAUUAGAGCUUAAUUAUCCUCAAAUGGAAGCUAACACAUAUCUACACUGUUUCUUUCUUCUCUUUUCAUCACUUCUUCUUAUAGUCUUAGUACGUUCAUGGUUCCCCACAGAUUCAUUAUUUCUUGACUGCUCUGAAUACGCUUCAUGGUGUAGCACUCCAAAGAACAGAAUUUACUCAAAAUCUAAUAAUGUUUUAUUGCAAAACAAAAACCUGCUUGGUAAACCCAUUGAUCAUUAUACUGAAACUCCAAAACAUCCAUUAGAUCCACUCACUUUGCAAGAAAUAAACAAAGUUAACACCAUUCUUUCACUUCACCCACCAUUUUCAACAAAUUAUCCUUCUAUUCACACUCUAUCUCUACACGAACCCGAAAAGUCUACUGUGUUGAAAUGGAAGAAAGGGCAUACCCUUCCUCCUAGACAAGCUAUAGUAAUUGCAUUUUUGAAUUCUCAUUCUCAUGUUCUUGCAGUAGACUUGGAAGUUUCUCAGGUCAUUAGUCAUAAAAUCGACCCGUCGUCUGGGUACCCAAUGCUUCUUGCCGAGGAUACAAUGUUAGCGACAACUAUAACCCAAGAAAACGAAGAAUUCAAGCGAAUUAUCGUUUCCAGAGGUGUACGAUUGUCCGAUAUAGCUUGUAUUGCGCUGGCCACCGGUUGGUACGGGCCAAAUGAAGAAGGUAAACGAGUCGCAAAGGUCCAGUGUUUUUCACAGCAAGGUACCACGAAUUACUACAUGAGACCCAUUGAGGGUUUAACAGUCACGGUAGAUCUCGAAAAGAAAGAAAUUCUGAAAAUUGACAACACUGGAAAUGAUAUUCCGAUUCCGAAAGCAACUGACACGGAUUACCAGUACUCUAGGCAGCAAAAGAAUAAGCAGUCAUUAAACAUAAAACCAAUCAACCCCAUAUCCAUGGAACAACCUCUUGGACCAAGUUUCACUAUUGAUGGGCACACAGUGAACUGGGCUAACUGGGAGUUCCAUUUAAAACCCGAUGCUCGAGCCGGAGUUAUAAUUUCACAAGCUAAAGUUCGAGAUCCAGAUACUGGCAUGUUAAGAAGUGUGAUGUACAAAGGUUUCCCGUCAGAGCUUUUUGUACCGUACAUGGAUCCUAGUGAAGGUUGGUAUUUUAAGACGUAUAUGGAUGCUGGGGAAUAUGGUAUGGGUCUCACUGCUAUGUCGUUAGUGCCACUUAACGAUUGUCCUCAUAACGCACGUUACAUGGAUGGUAUUUUUGCUGCUGCUGACGGGAAGCCGUUUGUGCGAUCGAAUAUGGUCUGUAUUUUCGAACGGUACGCUGGUGAAGUCGGAUGGCGCCACUCGGAAAGUCCAGAUUUUGGAAGACCAGAGAUAAGAGAAGCAAGGCCAAAAGUAACUCUAGUAGUACGAACUGCAUCUACAGUUGGUAAUUACGAUUACAUCAUAGACUGGGAAUUCCAAGAAGAUGGAUUAAUUCGAGUCCAGGUUGGUCUAAGCGGAAUGUUGAUGGUGAAAGGAACUUAUUACAAUAACGCUGAUCAAAUACCGGAAGAAGAAAAUACGUCAGGUCCAUUGGUAUCUGAAAAUUUGAUCGGUGUUGUACACGAUCAUUUCGUAACGUUUCAUCUAGACAUGGAUAUUGACGAGCCAGAUAAUUCGUUUGUCAAAGUGCAUUUGGUAAAAGAAGAGACUGUGCCAGGUGAAUCGCCAAGAAAAAGUUUCUUGAGAACUAAAAAGCAUGUUAUAAAAUCAGAAAAAGAUGCACAAAUCAAAUUCAAACUCUAUGACCCGUCAGAGUUUCAUGUCGUGAACCCAUCUCAGAAGUCUAAGAUUGGGAACCCGUCUGGUUACAAGGUUGUGCCAGCAGGUACCGCUGCUAGUUUGCUAGAUCAUAACGAUCCUCCCCAACACCGCAGUGCGUUCACCGAUAAUCAGAUUUGGGUAACUCCAUACAAUCGAAGCGAGCAGUGGGCUGGAGGACUGCUAGUAUACCAAGGUAAGGGGGAAGAUACACUCGCUGUUUGGUCUGACAGGGACCGUUCUAUUGAGAACAAAGACAUUGUAGUUUGGUACACUUUGGGGUUCCACCAUGUGCCUUGCCAAGAGGACUUCCCAAUAAUGCCUACAGUAUCAUCGAGCUUCGCCUUGAAACCUGCAAAUUUCUUCAACAGCAAUCCAAUCCUUCAUGUUGCGCCCACGGUCCCGAAAGAUCUCCCUUCUUGUUCUGCUAGAUCUGCAUCAGCUUGAUAGUAUGGCAAAUGUUCACUUUAGUCGUCCAUCUAUACAUACCCGCUGCCUAUAUUUCUGUAGAAGCUUGUCUAGUUUGAUUUCCAUUCAUUGAAAUUUUUGUACAUUAAUUAGGUUUAGUUAUGGGAGUAUUAUUAGUCUUCCAUACGUGCAUAGAUUUUGUAGUUACCCAUUUGUGGCAGAUAGUUGUGCGCUAUCACACAUCUCAUGAGAUGUAAACUUUGUAGUGAUCUAUUUGUUUCAAAAAUACAGUACAAACUGUAUUUAUCAAUCUAUAUUUAUUAUAAGAAUGUACAAAAAUA